AUGUUGACUGCAUUUUUUGAUAGGAAUAGAACAGACAUGAGUGCAARACAAUAUUUGUACAAAGACUUUCCAAAACACUACACGUGGAAUUGGAGCACACGUCGAUGGAAUCCCCGGCAAAGAGGAUCAAUGAAAGGCCGACUUGUGUCUGCAAAUCCAGCUGAAGGAGAGCGGUUCUACCUACGCCUACUUUUGUCUCAUAUUACUGGGCCUACUUGCUUUAAAGAUCUAUAUAGUUUCAACGGCUUGCUACACCCUACAUUUCGCAAAGCAUCUCUUGAGAGAGGGUUAAUAGAGAACGAUGACAACUUAUCCCAAUGUCUUGGAGAGGCCUCCUUAUUUCAAUUUCCGGCUGCUCUUAGGAGGUUAUUUGCCACGAUGUUGAUUUAUUGUGAGCCAGGAGAUGUUCGCAAGUUAUGGGAUGACCACUAUGAUUCACUCUCUGAAGAUUAUAUGCGACAAUGUGAAAGUGCUAAUCGGGUCCGUAAUCUGGUUCUAACUGAUAUCCUCGUUUUUCUACAGUCURUGGGUAAGAGUCUUGAUGAUUUCGAUCUUCCAAUGGUUGAUGCAAAUUCAAAUUUUCAAUCUGGAGAAUUUCGUGAGGUACAAGAGGAAUGCUCUAUAGUUGUGGAAGAUAAACACUUGCAUGCCCGAGACUCUCUGAAUUCUGACCAGAAAUAUGCAUAUGAUGAGAACAUGAGGCACGUAGACGAGGAUUGUCCAGGAGUGUUCUUUAUAGAUGGUCCGGGUGGAACCGGGAAGACUUUUUUGUACAAAGCUUUGCUUGCCAACAUCCGUUCACGUGGUCUUAUUGCUCUCGCAACCGCUUCGUCGGGUGUUGCUGCCAAUAAUAUGCCUGGAGGGAGAAUAGCUCACUCUAGAUUCAAAAUUCCUUUGAACCUUGAUAAUAACUCGAUGUGCAACAUAAGAAAACAGAGUGGGGCUGCUAAAUUGAUUCGAGAUGCAAAAAUAAUCAUCUGGGACGAAGCGUCGAUGGCAAAGAGGCAGGCGGUGGAGGCGCUCGAUCGAACAAUGCAAGACAUCAUAGGGGUGGCACUCCCAUUCGGCGGAAAGAUAAUGGUUUUCGGGGGUGAUUUUAGACAAGUAUUACCGGUCGUGAGGCRUGGAACYCGAGCACAGAUUGUAGAUUCUAGCUUGCAGAUGUCACCUCUUUGGGCAACGAUUAAAAAGAUACGGCUAACGCUCAAUAUGAGAGCACGCACUGAUCCAUGGUUUUCGGAAUUUUUACUAAGAGUCGGUGAUGGAGAUGAAGAAGCGGUGGACGAAAGCUUUAUUCGCAUACCGGAUGACAUGACCAUUCCCUAUGCUGAUAAAGGUAAGUCAAAAGAUGCGCUGAUUGACGCGAUCUUUCCAUCUCUGCAAAUCAACGGGGCUAAUUCAGAUUAUAUCAUUUCAAGGGUGAUAUUGUCAACUAAAAACGAGAAUGUCGACGAGAUUAAUGAUCAGUUGAUCGACAAGUUUUCUGGAGAUGAAAAAAUAUACUACAGCUUCGACGAAGCAGAAGAUGAUAAGAACAACAUCUAUCCGAUGGAGUUCUUAAAUUCUKUAACUGUUAGUGGUUUGCCUCCUCAUUACCUUCGUCUCAAGAUCGGAUGCCCAAUAAUACUGUUACGAAAUAUCGAUCCCUCGAAUGGAUUGUGUAAUGGCAGUAGAUUGAUAUGCAGAGGCUUUCAACAGAACGUCAUCGAUGCAGAAAUAGCUGUUGGUCAGCAUGCUGGAAAGAUAGUAUUUCUUCCGAGAAUUCCCUUAUGUCCGUCUGAAGACAACAUGUUCCCGUUUAAGCUGAAGAGAAAACAGUUUCCAAUUCGGCUUAGCUUUUCUAUGACAAUCAAUAAAGCUCAAGGCCAAACAAUUCCGAAUGUAGGUGUUUAUCUACCGAAAUCAGUUUUCUCACAUGGGCAACUUUACGUGGCGUUGUCCAGAGGGAUAUCACGGGGGAAUACGAAGGUGUUAGUGAAGCCUGUUAAAAAAUUCAAUCGUGCCGGAGUCUACACCUCAAACGUCGUCUAUCAAGAAGUUUUACGAAAUAUUUACGGAUGA